GUCACAGAUAGCAUUCACCUCACAUAACCUGUUAUCUCAAUUAUAAGUUACUUCGUUUUAGUGUUUUGUCAACGCUUUGGCAAUAACGGUUCUUUGGGAGCAAAAAUGAAAUUGCCAAUACUUUUCGCCGCAGCGCUGCUAACAGGCUUCUGUUCUGCCAAUCCCUUGGGUAAUAAAAAUGAGAAAUUGAUAAUCGACAGUGACUUCUUCGAUUCCCAGUUCAAAAUCUACUCCAGCCAACAUGACAUCAUCAAUCUGAUGCUUCCACUAAACGCCCUCAACUUCGACGAGGAUAAUGACGAUGAUGAUUAUUCAAAUAAUCAUUUCAGUUUAUUCUUUACUGAAGUUGAUAUAGGUGCUGACGGAGAAAAGGAUUACAAAGGUCUGUACGUUCUGCGAGAUCGCCAAGCCCACAAACUACUGGAUAACGGUAGAGAUUCCACAUCAAGCAAUGGUGACAAAAAGGAUGUAUACUUCGCUGCAUCUGAUGGCAUUUACAAAUACAAUCCCGAGAAAACUGCAGCUGAGAAAUACGGAAACUUAAAUGAUAAUUUCAUUAGCAUUUUACAAGUGAACGGCACUGAUGAAACAACAUUAUAUGUUAUUGACGACAAAUACGAAAUGUACAAAAUAACUGGAGAGGGAACUAAAAAGGAAAAGGUGAACGGUGUGUCCAAAGUCCAACAAUUCGUUUUAGAUUUUGAAAACAACAUUUACUUCUACGACCAAAACAAAGAUGUGUACGUCAUUAAUGAACAAGGAGUUACCAAGUUCGAAGGUCUUAAGAAGGAUCCUAAGUACAUACAAUUGCUUAAACCUGCUUUCCUUUUUCUAAACUAUGUACCUUUAAUAUUAGAUGAUAAGGUAUAUUUAAUUUAUGCCGAUGGCCGUACUGAAUUAAGCGACUUUGUAAUUAAAAACAAACCUACAGGUUACGCUCUCGAAGGAACAUUGAUUCAGUUUUAUGCUUAUGAGAAAAAGAUUUACGAAUAUAACCUACUGCAGAUUGUAAUAUCAGGUAUGCUUGAAGAGGUAAAAUCUUACUUUGAUGAUAAUGUUGAAACCAUAAAAGAAGUUGCUACUCGUUCCAGGGGCAGUUUGAGGUCAAAACCAAAUCAAAUUUAGGAGAUUCAUUAAAUGGAGUUAUAAUUUAA